AUGUCACAAAUAUCUCAAUCUUCAACUAGUGCUGGUCAUGGCACUAGUAAUGAAUUUGAUACGAGGAUUAUUGGUGAUUUUAAAAUUGGUGCUGAAAUAGGUAGAGGUAGUUUUGCAAAUGUUUAUAAAGGUGUUAACUUAACAAAUCAUAAACCUGUUGCUAUAAAAUCCAUCAUUAAGACAAAAUUAAAGAAUAAAAAAUUAAUGGAGAAUUUAGAAAUUGAAAUAUCUAUAUUAAAAGAUUUAAAACAUCCUCAUAUUGUGGAAUUAUUAGAUUUUAAAAGAACAAAUACUCAUUUCCAUUUAAUGAUGGAAUAUUGUUCAUUGGGGGAUUUAUCAUUUUUCAUAAAAAAAAAGAAUGAUUUAAUUAAAAAACAUCCAUUAGUUAAAACAAUGUUUAAUAAAUAUCCUUCACCUUCAGAAAAUCAUAAUGGUUUAAAUAAAAUAUUGGUUCUGAAUUAUUUAAAACAAUUAUCUUCUGCUUUACAAUUCUUAAGAAGUAAAAAUUUAGUUCAUAGAGAUAUAAAACCACAAAAUUUAUUAUUAUCUCCACCAAUUUUCCAACAAGAAAAAUUUGAUAAUGAAGGUUUUGUUGGAUUAAAUGAUUUACCAAUCUUAAGAAUUGCUGAUUUUGGUUUUGCAAGAUUUUUACCAAAUACAAGUUUAGCUGAAACUUUAUGUGGAUCUCCUUUAUAUAUGGCACCAGAAAUUUUAAAUUAUCAAAAAUAUAAUGCAAAAGCUGAUUUAUGGUCUGUUGGUGCUGUUUUAUAUGAAAUGUCAGUGGGGAAACCUCCUUUUAAAGCUUCAAAUCAUUUAGAAUUAUUUAAUAAAAUUAAAAAAUCAAAAGAUAAUAUAAAUUUCCCUGAUUAUGCUGAAGCUUAUUUAGAUCCACAAAUUAAAAGAUUAAUUUGUUCUUUAUUAAAAUUUGAACCAACUGAAAGAAUGGGAUUUAAUGAAUUUUUCCAAGAUGAAAUUGUUAAUUAUGAUUUAAAUUCUUUAAAUGAUGAUUCAGUUAAUAAAAGUAUUAAUUUAGAACCUUCUCAAGUUGAUGAAAAUUUAUUUAUUUCAGAAUAUAUUGGUAAAGGUGCAAUUAUAAAUAAUAAUACUGGUAAUGAUAUUCCAGAAGUUGAAAUUCCUGAUACAAUUAAUGAAGAAAGAUCAUUCAACCAAGUGAAGAAAACUCCAACUCCAUCAUUACCACCAGCACCACAAAUUAAACAAAUUUCUCAACGUGAUAUUCAACCAAUAACUCAACAAGCUGUUUCAAAUCUACAACGUCAACCUUCACAAUCAUCACAAGGUUCAUCACAACAACAGCAACAACAAGUAUCACAACAAAAACCAAAUUUCAGAUUUAAUAAUAAAGGUCAAUCUUCAGAUACUUAUGUCGAAAAAGAAUAUGUUGUUGUGGAAAAAACUGCAGUCGAAGUCAAUGCAUUAGCUGAUGAAUUAGCAAAUGCAGGUACUGGUGUUGGAGCAAUUGCAUUACCAAAAAAUUACUAUACACAAAAUCGUCGUCGUUCAUCAAGAACUUCAUCUGGUGGUUCAAAUUCAGGUCCUAGUGGUAGACGUCCUUCUUUUAAUGAUAGAAGAGUUUCAAUUUCAAUAUCACCAACUAAUGCUUUAUCAAAAGCAUUGGGUUUAGCUUCAACAAGAUUGUUUGGAAAUACAGCUGGUAGUAAUUAUAACAAUAAUUCAAAUAAUCAUACAUUAUCUGUUUUGAAUAAUUCAAAUAAUUCAUUUACAAAUAAUAUUAUUUUAAAUUCUGCAAAUCCAAUAUUAAAUUAUAAUUCAUAUAAAGUGAAUCUUAAUAAUGAAACAAAUGAAUCAUCAUCAUCAUCAAAUAAUAUUACAUUACAAUUGGAGUCAUUAGCAACCAAAGCUCAUGUUAUAAAUUUAUUUGCAGAAGUUAAAUUCAGUCAACUAAUUCCAUCACCACCAUCAUCAAAUUCAUUUGCCGUGGAAGAUGAAGAUGAUUUAACAACAAAUGAUGAAAUUAAUAAUUUACCACCAGAUGUUAUUAAAAAUUUAGCAGAUGAAGCAGUUUUAUUAUAUGUUAAAACUUUAUCAUUAUUAGCAAAAGCUAUGAAUAUAGCAAGUGAAUGGUGGCAUAAUAGUGAUAAUAAACCUGAUCAAAGAUUAAAUGAAAUUGUUCAAUGGGUUAGAGAUCGUUUUAAUGAAGUUUUAGAAAAAGCUGAAUUUGUUAAAUUAAAAUUAUUUGAUGCAAAUAAAAAAUUAAUUAAACAAAAUGAUGAACAAAUUGACUAUUUUACUUCAGCAAGUACUACAAAUGAAGAUAAAAUAUUUGCAGAAAGAUUAAUUUAUGAUCGUGCUUUAGAAAUUGCUAAAAAUACAGCAAAAUCAGAAAUGAUGGGUAAUGAUUUAUUAGGAUGUGAAUUAGCAUAUUCAACAUCAAUAUGGAUGUUGGAAGCUUUAUUAGAUCAAGAUAAUGAUGUUGAAAAAUUAGAAGAUGGUGAUAAAGAAAUGGUUGAAAAAUAUAUUGAAAGUAUUUCAAAUAGAUUAAAUUCUUUGAAGAAAAAAUUGGAGAAUCAAAAAUAG